UAUACAGAGCAGUCAGCUGUGUCCAGUUGUGUUGAACGUCGUGGAAACAUCAAAACAAUUAUUGCAAGGUCUACUAGCAGAGUCAAAGGUGUAAAACGAAAGAAAGACAACGUGCUAGCAUUAUGACAAUUCACAACUUGUAUAUUUUUUCAAAAACCGGCACAUUGCUGUAUUACGCUGAGUGGAACAGGUUAAAUAAGUCGGGGAUAACAAAAGAGGAGGAGGCAAAAUUAAUGUAUGGGAUGCUGUUUUCCAUAAAAUCAUUUGUAAGUAAAAUCUCACCGUUAGAUCCCAAGGAGGGGUUUCUGUAUUACAAGACGAGCAAAUAUACGCUUCACUACUUCGAAACGCCAUCGGGUCUCAAAUUUGUUUUGAAUACUGAUAAUGCAAGUCAGAAUGCCAGAGAAUUGUUACAGCAAUUGUACAGAGAAGUCUACUUGGAAUAUGUAGUAAAAAAUCCACUCUGUCAAUUAAAUGAACCUAUACAAAGUGAAUUAUUCAAAAUGAAGGUGGAUGAACUAUUUAAAAAAUCUCCUCUAUUUCUAAGUCGUUCGUUGUAGAUAAUAACAAAAAAAAUAUAAAAUUUUUAUACUACAUAAGAAACGAGUUAAACU